AUGAAAAGAAGAUCAACAAGAUUGUCAUUUACUAACACCUUAUAAAAAAGUGUAAUUUCAAAAAAAAUUUCAGCAUAAGCAACAGAAAUCACAGCAGAAUUUUUAAAAAGAUAAAAAGAAUAUGAAAAUAUUAAUAAAUAUUCUUUAUAGGAAGAAAGUAAUGAAAAAAUGAAGGCUUCUAUACGAAAAUCUAAUUAUCAUACUAUCAAGGAUGCUGUAAAUAAGGCUAAAUAAAAAUUCUUUGAAUCAACUCCUCAAAGGAAAGAUUUUAUGAAUUCCACUAUUCCAAAGUAUCAAUAAUAAUAUAAUUCGAUUCAAUAGAUUGCUAAUUAAUUUAGAACUUAAAAAAAAAGUAAUUGUAUUAUAUAAAAUGAAAAAUAACAAUAAAAAAAAUAGUGGAACCUUAAAUUAAUCUUAAUUAUAGUUGUACCAUUAAUUUGCCUUAUCCGAGUAUUUUUUGCAUUACUUCCUAAAGAAUGA